AAGAAGGCGGCGUACCUCCGCCAUGUCUUUCUUUCCCUCCAAUUCCCAAUUCCAAACCCACACCUCAAUUUCACGCUUCCAGGCCGCCGUCCUCGUCGGCGCUCCCUCCUACCCCAACGCCAUUGCCUGGUCCGACGAGAAUCUCAUCGCCGUCGCCUCCGGCCACCUUGUCACCAUUCUGAACCCGGCGACUCUACCGUUCGGACCGAGAGGUCUCAUCACCGUCCAAAACGGACCGCCCUUUCCGAUUGGUGUCAUCGAUAGAGAAGAUUUAUUCUCUGAUUUCUUGCUGCCCACCAUUAUCUCAAGGGACCAUGAGCCCUGUGUGAGAUCAAUUUCUUGGUCUCCGGUUGGACUUGCUCCGAAUGCCGGCUGCUUGCUGGCUGUCUGCACUACUCAAGGACUUGUCAAGCUUUACCGCCCGCCCUAUUGUGAUUUCUGUGCCGAAUGGAUAGAGGUUGCGGAUUUAUCGGCCAAGCUUUAUGAUUAUCUUGUGAGUGUUAGAUUCGGGGAGGUACCAGAUAGAUUGUUGGUACAGUGUGAUAACCAGGAAAAUGAGCAGGAUGUACAGUCUGUCACUACAAGGGAGGGCAAGCGACGACGAAAAGAGAACAAAUCUGGCAAAAGCUCUACUAACCCUUAUUCCAAAAUCUAUGGAGAAGUGGAUACGGAUGUUGACAGUGAUUUCGACCCGAUGGAAGAAAGGAGUUCACAUCAGAUUGUUCCAGCAUCAAAAGCUAAAGUAAAAUCUGUAAAGAAGAUACCAGAAAACUCCACCCUCCCUCAUAUAACGGUGGAUCAAUAUUCUACUCGCAGUGCAAUGCUAUCAUCACUUGUAGUUGCUUGGUCACCAAUACUGCAAUCACGUGCCAAAUUCAGUUCAAGUCCGCAACAUGAUUCAUCCCUGUCUUUACUUGCAGUAGGCGGGAAGUCGGGUCAAGUUUCUGUUUGGAGAGUUUCUGUACCAGAGUGUUAUUCUGUUGACCAAAGCAGGGAUCCAACCAAGCUGAUGCUCAUUCAAAUCAUCCAGGCACACAAGCCAUGGAUCACAGCAAUUAGUUGGGCAUUGCUUGAUUCUGAUUCGUCAAAUCCUCAACUUCUAUUGGCUACAGCAAGUUAUAAUGGAAGCGUGAAGAUCUGGCUGGCAUAUUAUGAACAACUACUAAAGUCAUUGGAACCUAGUAGUAACACUCCCUUUUCCUUGCUAAAGGAGGUUGGAACUAUUGAUAUGGUUCCAGUUUCAGCGCUUUCAGUUACUGUGCCUGCUCAGUGUCCACAGACAAUGCACUUGGCAGUGGGCAAAGGUUCUGGCCUUUUUGAAGUGUGGAUAUGCAACAUCUCUGGCCAAAAAUUUCAUAAAAUUAGCCCAUGUGAUGGGCAUUCCCAGAUUGUUACAGGUUUAGCUUGGGCUUUUGAUGGGCAGAUUUUGUACACCUGCAGCCAGGAUAAUUUUGUACGUUGUUGGAUUCUUAGUGGAAGUUCCCUGUGUGAAGUACCUAUUCCUUCAAAUACUCCUGGUCUGAGAAGCUCAACUGACCUUGCAGAUGGAUUUGUUUCUUGCUUUGGUGUGGCAGUGUCCCCUGGAAAUCUUGCAAUUGCUUGGGUUCGUAAUACUGAUGUUGAUCAAUUAAAUCCGAUGUAUGAGGCAAGGACUCAAAAGGCCAUUGCAGAGUUUUUCUGGAUUGGGGGGCAGCAAAUCCGUACUUUGUCAAACAAUGUCCUGGAUCUACAUACUGAAGCUAUUCCUGGCUCUUCUGAGAAGCAACUUGUUGAUUGGGAAUCCAAUAUUAUAUGGUCUUUGAAGCAGUAUGAAACUCAGGAUAAGCCUCUUGUUGUUUGGGAUAUUGCUACAGCACUAUUGGCUUUUAGGCGUUCUAAACCAGAGUAUGUAGACCCUGUACUGAUAAAGUGGCUCUCUAUUUCCUUUCUGGGAUCUUAUUUGAGCGCUUCUGCUGAAAAUGUUCUAUUGUCUGCCUCCCGAAGUUUCUCAAAAGUCACUUCUCGCCAACUACACCUUCUCAAUAUAAUCUGUAGACGCGUGAUACUAUCAGACAUGAAGGCUGAUGAGAUAAACAACAAACUGCUGAAUGUGGAAGGAUUAGAUGGUGCUGAAGAAGAAGAACCGACUUUGUGGAUCAAUCUGCUUUUGAACAGUGAAAGAGAACUCCGUGAGAGGCUUGUGGGGUUUACAUUUUCUUCUUUUAAAAGUCAAGUGCUUGCUUCAGCCACAAAUUCUGAAUCUAUACAUUGCUUUCCUCUUGGACUGGCACAAAUGGAGCAGUGGGUUGAACUAAACCAAGAUCAUGUGCAGGAUCAACUGAGGGUCCUAGCAGCUGAAUUUAGGAAGCAUGAGCAGAGGCUGUCAAGUAAUUCCAUAGCAGGAGAGAAGUGUAGCUAUUGUUCAGCAUCAGUUCCAUUCGAAUCACCAGAAGUUGCCUUCUGCAGUGAAGGACACAAACUAGCAAGGUGCGCCGUUUCUAUGGUGGUUUGUCCUACUACUCCCAUAUGGUUUUGCAUGUGUUGUCAUAGACGAGCUCUCAAACUAGCACCAGAGACUCUCUUUGUAAUCCCUGGUCCGCAGUGUCCCUUCUGCGGGAUACUGCUGCAGAGACUACAACCGGAUUUUCUACUUUCUGCAUCACCCACUUAAGUAAAUACUUUUCAUUUCGUAUGUCCACCCAAUUUGGGCUCUUGUAUAGUUGAGUACUCCAAAAAGACCGGGGUUAAUGUAAUUAUGUCCCUCAAGUCUAAUGGUAAAUAGUAAAUACUGAUGCUAUG